ACGAUAUCACCAUAAAAGGCUUCAAUAAUCCGAAUUGUUUAUUUUCGAAAUUCGAACUCUUUCUGCAAAUUUUGUGACUUAAAAAAUCUAUAAAUUUGCAUAUUUCUCGAUUAUAAAGCUCUUAAAGCUUUCCAUCCUCACCACAUCUAGUUAAUAGCGAUUAAAGGAACUGAUACAUAGCAAAAAUGUUGAUUAAAGUUAAGACACUCACUGGCAAGGAGAUUGAGAUUGAUAUUGAGCCAACAGACAAAGUGGAUCGAAUUAAGGAGCGUGUUGAAGAGAAAGAAGGGAUUCCACCUCAACAACAACGUCUAAUUUUCUCCGGAAAACAAAUGAACGACGAUAAGACAGCUCAAGACUAUAAAGUUCAAGGUGGAUCAGUUCUUCAUUUGGUUCUGGCGCUUCGAGGAGGUUUUUAAACACAUCUGAUUAUAUUAUAUGAGAAAUAACUUAUUCUUUUAAAUGUUUCUUAUUAUUUCAAUAAAUCAUUUUCCUU